UAGAUAAUGGAAACAAAAUAAUCUUUACAGUGGAAGAUAUUUUUUAAAAAUAAUAUAGAUCUAUCCUGAAAUUGCGUAUAUCGUAUUUAUGUAUAUAUAUAAGGUUGAGAAAAGGUCGUGAUUGGACAUUUCUUUACGGCUAACGGGUCCUGCGGGUUGCCGAUGCCUGUUUUAUUAGCCACAUUGUAUGUAUCAUUAGUGUUAAGAGAUCUAGAUCUAGAUCUAUGUGAAUUUGGCCUGAAUGGUAUGCAUACGUCAAAAGACGGUUUUGCUGAUCUAGUUUUCAGAAAAAGAAAUAGAUUUGCCUCCACCGUGAACGUGGACGCUGAGAAUUACUCCGAGGCGCAAGCCGUGGACGCGACAACUGCACCUUUCUCCGAUUCACAAACGAAGGAGUUACCUGUUUCUGCCUUGCCAACUCAAAGUGGUAGUCCAAAGAGCUCCCCGGCUUUUCUUGUUGACAGGCUAUCAGAAAGAAUACAACAGAAUAAUGCCAGUGCAUCGUUCCACAAGAAUCGUUCAAAGUCCUUCUCUUCGAAUGUCGACGAUGAGUAUGACCAACAAGACUCCAGCGCACUCAUAGCCCAAACUUUCGGGGCCCGGGAACACGCUCAGUUCUCGCGCAUUACCGCAUCUUCGCUGAAAGGGGGCGACCCUCGGAGCACACCGGAACCCACACUGCAGCCUCCGGCACUGUGUUAUGGACAGUCUCGCUACUUGCAAGACAUAGCCAUUAGCCAACUGUUGCUUGUCAAGUCACAGCUAAUGAAGCAGGGCGAUUUGUCAACGGAUGCUCAUCAUGAGGUCAAUAAUAUCUCUUCUGAUCUGGAUGCUACUUCAAAAAAGAAUGAAUCAGACUCUGGGGCAGGGGAGAAAGGUAAAGUCCGGUUUUCUGACUCCGUGGACGUUCACGUAUACAGAAGUGAGGCUUAUUUUAAGCGUUUCCAAUACAGAUUCUGUUGUAAACAGCCGGAAAUGGACGAGUACGCCCAUUUCGUUGUCCCGCACUCGCAGGUGUGUGAGGCUGAUGACCCCUUAACAACACAGACCAUGCUAUUGGAAAAAAUGGCAGAAAAUUCACAGAAAGAGAGCAGUGCAAAAAUGUAGUAGAUUAGGACUAUGUGGUAGCCUCUACAGCGAAUGGCGUGGCGCAUGCAAAAGACGUGUGCCUAGCUAGGACUAUGGACAAGUAAUAGUACGAGGUACGCCAAAAGGACUUUAUUUCGCCUAUGAUUCAAAAGACUGAUGGCGGAAGAUAAAGGCGAUAUUUUUCGCAUUUUUACUCUACAUUUAAUUGAAUUGUUGUGCUCCUGUGCAUUUCUCCUCCUUGGCUUUAUGUGAAGUUAUGUUUGUCUAUAGACUUUUUUUUAUGUAGGAAUGAAACAUUUUUUUUGGGGGGGUCAAAAUAGAACAAAUAGGCAGUGGCGUAGCUACGAAUUUGCCAUCAUUUGGGGGCCCCAGGGGCUUGACCUCUUUGAGGGCCCCUGCAUUUUGCGUAAUAUUUUAUAUUUAAUGUAAAAAAAAACAAUUUCGAACACUCAAAUUUCCCCCUCCUUAGCUACGCCACUGCAAAUAUUCUCUUGGAAGAUUAUCAAUAUUUAGGCCUAAUUUUGAAUUAUAAAAAUGUUAUCAUCAGUGUACCGGUAAACUGAAGUUCUUAUGUAAUGAAUUCUUGAUGAAAAAAAAACAACACACAAAAACCCAACUUCGCGGAAGAGAUUGUAGUCUAUAGAAAUAUAUUAAAAAAAAAAAAAGUGAAAAUAUUAGGUUAGGGUUACUGGUUAAUUCAGCCGAUGAAAGUUUUGUACUAUUUAAGAAUUUCAACUUACGGAAUAUUUAGUUUAAUGGAUCUAGGGGAAAAAAAAAAAGGAAUCUGAAAGAGAAAUGAAAAUAAGAUGAAAUCUGGCCUAAGCUUCUUGCGUUAUCAUUCAAUGCUAUAGGCCUACAUAGAAGACAAGUUCCAUAAAGGUGAAGAGGCUCAUGGGAUAGGUCGUUCUAUCUUUAAAUGUUUAGGUUUUAAUU